AUGCCUUCGAUUAGGAUGAAGAAUCCUCUUCUCUUACUGAAUAGGGUUAUUGGGCAUUCGUCGGCCAAGAAUCAUAUCACCAAAAUUCAUCUUGGUGACACAGAGGCAUUAGAUGAAGAGGCAGAUAAGAAGCACUUAAGAGCCCUGUAUGAGAAACGAGCCAAGAAAGAGUUACAAGAAGAAAAUCGGCGAUCGCUACAACAAAAGCGUAAGGAGGAAGAGCUGGCAGCAUUGUCUAGUGAACCACCAGAGUUACAAUCAAGCUAUGGCACACUCACCGAAGAGAGCAUGCCACCCUCUUUUCUACUCGAGCAUUUGUCGACCGACAAUAUUGGGCAGACUAUCAGCUUCAGUGCCCGGCUUCACCAUGUGCGAUCCGUAAGUGCGAAAUUGGCUUUCAUAUUGCUACGCCAACAGGACGAUACCGUACAAGGUGUUCUACAAGUUCGAGAGGGAGUUGUGUCCGAGAAGUUCGUACGGUGGGCCGAGCAUCUUAAUACCGAGUCUAUAGUACACAUUCGAGGUACUAUACGCGAACCACCUGAGCAGAUCAAAACCUGCAGUUUACACAAUCUCGAGAUCCUCAUUGACACCAUGCAUGUCGUUGUGCCAGUGGAGGAUCCUAUACCCAUUGAUGUCUACAACAUGGAGCAGGUGGAGGAAAAUGAAAACACCCAUGAGAAGCAGUUAGCGGUCUCAAAUCGUGUGCGCGUUGCGAACCGACUAGUUUUCCUCCGAACACCAGUUAUGCAGAGCGUCUUUCGCAUCCGAUCAGGUAUCUGUAGUAUAUUCCGAUCUUCUCUGGAGGAACAAGGAUUCAUUGAGAUUCAAACCCCCAAACUCCAACCAGCCGCGACCGAGUCUGGUGCGGAAGUUUUCAGGGUCAACUAUUUUGGAAGAACCGCAUUCUUGGCGCAGAGUCCGCAAUUGGCGAAGCAGGCGGCAAUUUCCGCUGAUUUUGGCCGUGUCUUCGAGAUUGGACCUGUUUUCCGAGCUGAAGACAGCAAUACCCACCGACAUCUGACAGAAUAUACCGGUUUAGAUCUGGAAAUGACGAUUCAAAAGGACUAUCACGAAGCGAUGGAUGUAAUUGAUGAGAUGUUGAAGGCCAUCUUCAAAGGUGUUUACUCACGAUACCGCAAGGAGCUUGAGAAUAUCAAGACGAGAUUUCCCCAUGAAGAUCUAGUCUGGUUGGAACAGACACCUCGUCUUUCAUUUAAAGAGGGAGUUCAAUUAUUAAAUUCAUCUGGGUGGACGGAUGAUGAUGGAAAGCCGGCUUCUGAGAACGAAGACCUCGUGACUCGUGCAGAGAUCCGACUUGGCCAGCUAGUCAAAGAGAAAUAUGGGACUGACUACUUCAUUCUCGACAAAUUCCCAGCAUCAGCACGACCAUUCUAUACGCAUUUAGAUCCGAAUGACGAGACGGUAACUAACUCUUUUGAUAUAUUCCUUCGUGGUCAAGAAAUUACAACGGGAGGUCAAAGAAUCAACAAUCCAAGAAUCUUGGCCGAGAGAAUGAAGAAAGCUGGAGUAGACCCAGAAGGGAUGGAAGAGUACAUGCAGGCCUUCGAAUGGGGUGCGCCACCGCACGCGGGGUGUGGUAUCGGUCUCGAGCGUGUGUUAUUCUUGAUGUUGAAUUUGGGAGACGUCCGGAAUGCCACCUUAUUCCCAAGAGAUCCGAAAUCCCUUCCUGCAAAGAGGCAUGAUCAAAACGGCAAGGUCCCUUUCCCCGAGGCCGAUACCAUCCGCUAUGCGUUCGAAGGAGAACACGACCACGUCCAUCUACCUGAUUUAGAUAAGCUCAUCGUAAACUAUGGUGAUGCUACAAACACUUCCUGGCUUGACGAAAGGUACAAGGUCUGGCGGGAUGUGGAUACCGGAGCAGCCGUUGGAUACGCAGAGGAGAACGGAUACGCAAUGAUAAUGGGCAACCCACUUUGCGAUUCACGUCAGUAUCCUAUCGUCAUCAGCUCUUUUCUCAAAUAUUUGAAGAAAAGCGAGGAUCUACGACCCAUCUGGAUCCUGGUCUCCGCACAGGUCGAAGAUAUCCUUGGCGCGAAGCUCGGGUGGAGGACACUGACAUGCGUGGCUGAAGAGCGCGUGGAUAUGGAAAAUGUAGGCAACGUGACCAAGAAGGAGCGCCAGGCCCAGAAAGCCGAGAUCAAGAUACAUGAAACAGUACUCGGUCAGCCGGUCCCUGACGACGUGAGGGAAAAAUGCGACAAGCGUAUUGUCGACUGGAAGGAGAGCCGCAAAGGUCGAAAGCAGGUCCACAUUACCGAAGUCCAACCCUGGAUAUCGAUGGCACACCGGCGCUAUGUAUGGGCCGAAGAUAAGACUGGAGAAAUCGUUGGCCUUGUCAUCCUGCACCGCCUCUCCCCCGAGCACGGAUACCAAAUCAAGUUUGCGCUUGACUUCCCCGGCUCGCCAUCCGGCAGUAUCGAGGCGCUCAUCUCUCACGCCAUCCAAAGUUUAACAGCUACAGGGGUCAGCAGCGUGACUUUCGGUGCUGGUGCUAUGGAUGAGCUUCUCAUCGGGAGCAACCUAAACGGCAUUAAAGCCAAGCUGCUAAGCCGCACAUAUAAGACAGUCGCGCAACAACUAAAGCUAGUAGCAAAGAGCGAAUUCAGAGAAAAAUUCGGCGUGAAGCACGAUCCGGUUUACAUCUGUUAUCCAUUCAUGGGCCUAGGAGUUUCUGGCGCUAGGACAUUGAUUAAGUUCUUCGAGGACGAGAUGUAA